AUGGAGGCGUUACCCAUCCCCACGGACACGUUCAAGCUAGGGUUCAUCGGAGCAGGUAAAAUGGCGGAGAGCAUCGCCAGAGGGAUCGUCCGAUCGGGCGUUCUGCCUCCAAAUCGCAUCUCUACGUUCCACGCUAACCCCAUUCGACGCCAAGCCUUCGAGUCCUUCGGCGUCGAGCUCCUCCUCAAAAACGACGACGUGGUGGAAGAGAGUGAUAUCGUCAUUUUCUCUGUCAAACCUCAAGUUGUUAAAGAUGUAGUUUUGCAGUUGAGGCCACUUCUUUCCAAAAAGAAGCUGCUAGUUUCAAUUGCUGCUGGAGUCAAAUUGAAAGAUCUGCAGGAGUGGGCUGGUAACAGCCGAUUUAUUAGGGUAAUGCCAAACACUCCUUCUGCUGUUGGUGAGGCAGCAUCAGUUUUGAGCUUGGGAGUAGGUGCAACAGAACAAGAUGGAGACCUAAUAGCUAAAUUAUUUGGAUCAGUAGGAAAGACGUGGAAAGCUGAUGAAAAAUUGUUUGAUGCAGUUACUGGCGUUAGUGGCAGUGGUCCUGCAUAUAUAUAUUUGGCGAUAGAGGCUUUGGCAGAUGGAGGAGUUGCUGCAGGUCUACCUCGAGAACUUGCACUGGGUCUAGCAUCUCAAACUGUAUUAGGAGCAGCAUCUAUGGUUACUAGUACUGGGAAGCAUCCAGGUCAGCUAAAGGAUGAUGUAACAUCACCUGCUGGAACUACUAUUGCUGGCAUUCAUGAGCUGGAGAAGGGCGGGUUUCGUGGAAUACUGAUGAAUGCAGUCCUCGCUGCUGCCAGACGCAGUCGAGAAUUUUCGCAGAGCCAGUGA